UUUUUAGAUUCCUUAUUUAUGAUUUCUGAAAAGUCAGGCCUUGUAGUGCCUGUUGUUCUAUGGGGGCCUAAGCCUCCUCGAAGCAGAAUCAAACAAAUCUCAUCAAUACGAAAUGGCAAAAUAAUUCUGACGGGAAGUGAAGAUGGAAUUGUAAUGCAAUGGAUGGUAGACGAAUCACUUGGAUGGAUCCAACCACAAAUGGUUAUGUUGGCCCACAAAACUUGUAUAAGUUGUAUAUCUCCUAAUUCAACAUCUGUUUCUGCAUCGAAGUUCAUCUCAUGUUCAGAAGAUGGGCAUAUUUGUCUGUGGGAUUCUGCUGAUGGACGGAUAAUUGAUAGUAUGAGAACGAAUUAUGUUCAUAGGAAAAUGAAGCCCUACGUAAGCUUUGCCUUUUUGUCCAUUUUUCUGACAGAUUUUUCUUACUUUUUGGAAUUUGCCCUAAAAUUCUUGAAAUAUUUCCUUCCUUUUAAGGCCUGUAAAAAUCUCCAUGAAAUUCUCUUUUGUGUUGGGGACUAUACCGAUGUUGUUGCAAUUCAUCCACAUGAUUUGAAUGUUCUUUAUACCCUCAAUUCACGUGCUGAACCAGAUUGGCUGAAUUCCAUUACUUUGGUUAAACCAAACGAAAAGAUUGACGUCCUAAUUGGUGUAUCUUUGUCUGGCGUGGCUAAGCUUUGGUCCUUAAAUGAACUAAAUAUGAAGGAUAACACAACAAAUAUUUUAUUUGAAGAAGAAUCGAAAUUUAUAGCACCUAGGAAUGUACAUCGUAUAACUUGUUCAGAAAAGAAUGUUAGAAUGAUGUUGGUUGUUUGUGCUAAUUCUUGGCAGGUUAUUGAUCCCAGCACCCUCGGCCAAUUAGUGGUCUCCGAAUGUGCUAUAGAAGCCCUGGAAGGAAUGAUUGUGGAUAUUGACAAGGUUGCUAUUGGAUUUGCUGAUUCAACUAUUGUUUUGUUUCAGUUACCUAGAAGUAAAUUGGUUGGUCGACAAAUUCGGGAGCGUUUUGGGGAGAAACCUUCAAACAUUGCCGGAAUUGAACAACCCUUUGUUUUUGCUCUAUUAAAAAGCGUUGCUUCUCCAAAUUUACAGCCUCUUUUAAACCCGGUCAAAUUUUUCUUCGAUUCAAAACUUUCUUCUGAUAAAACUCAUCGCCAAAUUACUUAUCGGUUGGAUGAACAAAGCUCUUCUAUCAGUUUUUGGCAUGUUCCAAAAAAUUUGGAAUUGUUGGUUAGCGAGUUUGUGAGAACGCGACGUCCAAUAGUUUAUGAACCAACAAUUAGACAGUGUCUUUCUGACGCUUGGAAUCGACUCUCCCCAACCCCUCCUGCAAUUGCCAAUUUUGAGUCUGGAUCCACCAUCCAAGCCACUAUUUAUGUAUCUACUCAAGAUAAGUUGUUUCUUGGAAGAAGUGACGGUUCAAUAAUGACUAUGAGUGCUUGCCAAGUAAUAAUGGUUGCAUUAUUAGAUGGUUACAAUAACGAAUCCACUCAAUUCAAAAUACUCCCAAAUGGUCAUUCUAGUUCUGUGACUUGUUUUCUUUACCCUUUUGCUGAGAGCAAUAGAUAUGAUCCAAAUUUAUUACUUUCUGGUAGUGCUGAUUUUUCUGUUAUUGUUUGGAAUGUAACAAAUGAUGAGAGGCUUCAUCGUUUUUCUUCACAAGGAGGAACUAUUACUCAAUUGCUUGUUCCUCCAAUUAAUUGCAAUGCUAAACUACUCGAUUGUGUAUGUUGUAUUGCUGCAGACAAUUCUGCCUGUUUUGUUAGCUUAAAAAAGCUUCGAUGUGUUCUUCUUGCUAGCAGACAACAAUUUCCUAUUGUUGAUAUUCGUUGGCGUCCUUUGAGUGAUCAAAUUUUGUUAAAAUGUGAAGAUGAUUCUGUUUAUGUUUGGAAUAUUGAAACAGGUGUACUUGAUCAAGUAGUAACGGGAUUAGCUUCUGAUGAGAUUUUGAUGAACUCUUCCACUGAUGAGCAACUUGGUUUUGGAUCAGAAGAUGAAAAUUCUUUUAGCACUGCUUCACAAACUGCUGUUCAAAUGUUGAGGGCACUAAAACAAAAGGAUAUGGCAGCGGUAAAAAUCUCAAGUUUUCUUCCUCCUCCACCAUCAUCGGUUUGUAUUACUUCUUCCUCUUCUUUUCGACGGGAUUCUUCAUCUAGUUCUUCUAAUAAUUUGUGUUGUUCUCCACCUUUUCGAGAACCUGAUGACGAGGAAGAGGUUAUUUUAUGUACUGAUGGUGGUAGUUGUUUUUCUCUAUUCUAUUAUGUCAAAUUAGAGUUGCACCAUUAG